CCGGGACUGGCUGUUAGAAAGAUCAAGCUAACCCGCGGGCGGCGUAUUAUCUUUUUUCAUUUUUUCCCUCCGCCAGAGAAAUUUGCACGAUAUCGCUUUCUUCGAUCAUCUACCCCCAGGGACAACAAACUCACCAUGGUCGGGGUAAAGCGUCCAGUGGACGCCGGUGACGAGCGCAAGGGAAAGCGGACGAAGACGAAGACGCCAGUGUCCGUGCCCUCGAAGAAGUCCAAGUCGGCCCCCGUGAAGUCAUCCAAGUCUGUGUCGAAGAAGAGCGACAAGUCCGCCAAGAAGGAUAAGAAGUCUUCGAAGAAGAAGGUCCAGGAAGAGUCGGAGGAUGAUGAGGAUGACUUUGAUUUGGAUGAUGUUGAGGAUUCGGAGAUCGAUGCCUUGGAUAACGAGGAGGAGGAUAUCGCUAUGGAUGAUGUCGAGGAGGAUGCUGGUGAGGAUGAGGAGGAGGAAGACACUGAGAAGCAGAUCAAGUCUGCAGAGGCGUCGAAUAAGUCGCGCGAAUCACAUGCGAAGCAAAAGGCCCUCCUGCUAGAGCGUAGGGCCGCCAAACCGAACGCUGACAUGAUCGGUCGCUCGAAGAAGCUGUGGGAGCAGCUGCGUCGCAAGUCACACGUUCCCCUCGAGGAGCGGAAGAAGCUCAUCAAGGAGCUUUUCGAAAUCAUCACUGGACGUGUCAAGGACUUUGUUUUCAAGCACGACUCGGUCCGCGUUAUCCAAACCGCCUUGAAAUACGCCAACAUGGAGCAACGGAAGAUGAUCGCCACGGAACUGAAGGGUAGCUACAACGAACUUGCGCAGAGCCGAUAUGCCAAGUUCCUGGUCGGAAAGUUGAUCGUCCACGGUGAUGCUGAGGUCCGCGAUCUGAUCGUUCCCGAGUUCUACGGACAUGUCAAGAGACUCAUCCGCCACCCUGAAGGAUCCUGGAUCCUUGAUGAUAUCUACCGGACGGUGGCAACGAAGGAACAAAAAGCGAACCUUCUCCGCGAGUGGUACGGUCCGGAAUUCGUCAUCUUCAGGGAUGACAAGAAUGGACCCCCCUCCGCAGACCUUUCCAAGAUCCUCGAGGAGCACCCGGAGAAGAGGGGCCCCAUCAUGCACUUCCUCCACGAACUCAUCAACCAGCUGGUGCAGAAGAAGUCGUCCGGUUUCACUAUCUUGCAUGACGCCAUGCUGCAGUACUACCUUAACACGAAGCCGGGCAGCUCCGAGGCCAACGAGUUCGUCGAGCUGCUCAAGGGCGAUGAAGAGGGAGACUUGGUCAAGAACUUGGCUUUCACCAAGUCCGGCGCACGGGUGAUUGCGUUGAGUCUGGCAUACUCCAACGCCAAGGACCGCAAGCUCCUCACCCGUUUCUACAGAGAUACCAUCAAGAUGAUGGCUGGCGAUCUUCACGGGCACAUGGUUCUGUUGGCGGCAUACGAAGUUAUUGAUGACACCAAGCUCACAUCCAAGUUGGUUUUCCCGGAACUCUUCAACCAAGGAAUGGACGCCGAGGCUCGGAACGAAGAGCUGCUCUACCAGGUCACCGACCUGACCGCACGUAUCCCCAUCCUGUACCCAUUCGCCGGAGACCGGGUCAAGUGGCUUCUGCCCGACGGUGACCACGAGCUUUUGAAGGAGAUCCGUGAAAUCCGGAAGGAAACCUCGAAGAAAGAGCCGGAGCUUCGCCGACAGGAGCUGGUCAAGGCUGCUUCGCCGACUCUGCUCGAGUUCAUUGCCGCCCGUGCGGAUUCUCUCCUCGAGACAAGUUUCGGGUGCCAGUUCAUCUCGGAGGUGCUGUUCGACGCCGACGGAGACAAGAGCGCCGCCUUGGCCGCUGUGGCCGUUGCCGCCAAAUCCAAGGCUGACACUAAGGACGCCCCGUUCGUGGGCCGGUUGCUCAAGUCUCUCGUUCAGGGUGGACGAUUCAACCCUGCGGAGAAGAAGGUCGAGAAGGUGCAGCCACCGCUCGACUUCCACGGUCUCUUGUACGAGCAGAUCCAGGAAGAGACCAUGUCGUGGGCCACGGGAUCCAACGUGUUCGUUGUGGUGGCCCUUGCGGAGUCGGACGACUUCGCGAAGAAGGCCGAGCUGCUGAAGACGCUGAAGAAGGGCAAGAAGGCCCUGGAGAAGGCGUCGUCGGAGGCCGGUAAGGAUGGCAAGAAGGGCAGCCCGGUCAGCAGCGGCGCGAAAUUGCUACUGGAGAAGAUCCGGUAGAAGAAGUUGACAUCGAAUCCUACAACGGACAGGACAUUGUAAUAUUGGCUGGGGGUUUCUGCAAAAGCAUCCAUUACUCGACGAAGGUGUUCAUUGGAUUUUUCUUUUCUUUAAUCAUUUUUCCAUAUGUGAUAUCUCCAUCUGUACAGGGUCUGUGAUAGACAUGGGGCCAAUGAGUCAGAAAAAGCAUUUGAGAGUUACUCAUGACUACUACCUAUCUACUAUCUACUAUCUACCUAUCU